CGAAACCCGACUUCACCAAGAUAUAUACCAAACCAUAUGCUCUUCCCGAAGCUGGGAAUCUUCUACCGAAGAGGAAGUGCCUCAAGAAAUGGGUGGCUCAGGGAAGUGGUUGAAAUCCUUCGUAGGCCUCAAGGCGCAGGAGAAGAAUGACGCUGAAAAGAGAGGUGGCAGUGAGAAUGGUAAGAGCAGGAAGUGGAAGAAGCUGUGGAGGAGCGCCUCGGGGGAGCAGCUGUUCCUGUGGAGGGGCUCCAAGGGCAGCAGCCACCGGUCGGUGGCGUCGGAGGCGUCCGACGUCUCGUCGUUGGCCGACGCGUUCACCGCAGCGGUGGCGACAGUGAUUCGUGCGCCGCCCAAGGAUUUCAGGGUCGUCAGUCAGGAAUGGGCUGCGCUCCGGAUUCAAACCGCCUUCCGCGGCUUCCUGGCCAGGAGGGCUCUCAAGGCACUGAAAGGAAUCGUGAGACUUCAGGCCAUAGUACGUGGCCGGCAAGUGAGGAAUCAGGCGGCGGUGACGCUCAGGUGCAUGCAGGCCCUCGUCCGAGUACAAGCGCGCAUACGGGCUCGGCGUGUCCGCAUGUCCACCGAAGGCCAAGCCGUGCAGAAGAUGCUGGAAGCUCGUCGGAGCCAACAGGACCUGCUGAAAGAAGCAGAGGAAGGAUGGUGUGACAGUCAGGGAACAUUAGAAGCAAUAAGAGCAAGAUUACAGAAGAGGCAAGAGGGGGUUCUUAAGAGAGAGAGGGCAAUUGCUUAUGCUAUGUCUCAAGAGCAAUCAAAGUCAACAGUGAAUGGUCGGCCCAACCAAACAACAGCAUCUCUGAAGCAUAAUGAUUUCGACAAGAACAAUGCCAAGUGGAGCUGGUUAGACCUUUGGAUGUCUGCAAAACCCUGGGAGAACAGAUUGAUGGAAGAAAAGGCCCAGAACAUGUGUGGCAUCUCUUCAACACACUCGGAACCUUGUUUAGUCAAGACAAAGAAGAACAAUACGAGCACCAGGAUUUCAUCAAAGCCUCCUACCACACCCAUCCACCUAUCCUGCAGGACUCAUUCAUCUACAAGCACUGAACUGCACUGCAAUGAGAGUUCUGCAUCCUCUUCUGUUUGCACACUGACACCCAUCUCCAGUACGAUUGGAUUAGCAUCAGAAAGAACCGAAGACAGCUACAAGAGCAGGCCCAGGUACAUGAACUUAACCGAAUCAAUCAAGGCAAAGAAGAAAGCUGUUGGUGCACAUACAGCAACAAAGCAGAGACUGCAAUCUGGCGAUGCUCUGUUUCAAAGGAAGGCUUUAGCUGAUAUCAACAUGAACAGCGAUGCUUGUUCCAAUCACAAGGCUUUGUCUUCCAAACUAGUGGCUACAUUUCCACCAAGAGAUAAGAAGAGGUUGACAGGAAGCAGAGACAAGGAGAACUACAAUUGCCAUGAGCAACACACAUAUGUAACUUCUUAGUUCCUUCUUUUACAGCAUUGGUGUGUGUGAGUAAUUUGUGUCUGCUCUUAUUGUUCAACAUCUUGUUGUCGUGUAUGUAUAAGUAUGUUGUGCGAGUGAAUGGUGCUUACCACCAAGGUCUCUGUCAUUGAUCAAUACUAGCAAUCUGCUAUAGUUUUGCAAGCUGAGGAGGAAUAAUGCUGAAUUGAGU